AUGAUAAGUACUCACUCAAUCAACAGUAAACGCUCUAGCUCCAAUAUUGAUGCUUAACAAUACGAGCCUUCUGUUAAGAAAGUCCAUAGUAUUUCUAGCUCUGAUUCAUAAAUAGCCCCAAGAGUUUCAUCUGGAAAUAAAAAAAUGUUUACCAGAGCUCCUAUGGGAGACUUUUUUGCAAAAUGUGGCUUGAUAAGUCGCGGAUAACAGGUUUUUGAAGACUUUUUUAUUUAAGAAGAUAAGAUUGAUUACUAUCCUUUAAUAAAAACUACCCAAAUUAUUGAGAAAACUCCUUUCUCAUCAAAUUUUAUUGAUUAUAACUCAAGUAUGAAUCUUGCUGUUUAAGCUAAGUGUCUCAGCUCAAUUUGUUUAAAUGAAUCUGAAUAAAGUUGCUCAAGUAAAAACUAGUAACAAUAAUAAUUAUUGCUCGAAACUCGUGCCCGCGAAGAAAGCUCGGAAUUCUCCAUUAAUUGCGGUGAAGAAGAAGAAGAUUAAAUUGAAGGUGGUCAUAAAUGCAAUUUUUUGACUGAACAAAUUGAACCAUCUGCCUAAAUUAUUAUUUCAGGAUGCGAAUCAGCCUAGCCCAUCGCUAGAGAUAAUUAGAACCUAACUUAAGGCCACGAUAUCGAAUCGGAUCAAUAAUAUAACUAUGUUGAAGAAGAUUUCGCAACUUUGUAAGAAUACUCAGAAAUCAAGGUGAUCGAAAUUGUAAAAUAUGAUUGA